CCGUUCCCGCUAUUCCCGGUAUUCCCGCGUUCCCCCCCCUCCUUUUCCCGCCUUCCCCUCCCCCUUUUCCCGCCAUGGAGGACGUGACCCCCCCGGAGCUUCUCUCGUUCCUCCUGAAGCAGGACUGGGGGGGGGAUGUCCCCGCAGGGCCCCCCCCAGCUCCAGCCCCGUCAGUGGAGAUCCUGGAGCAGCCCAAGGCGCGGGGGAUGCGGUUCCGGUACAAGUGCGAGGGGCGCUCGGCCGGGAGCAUCCCUGGGGAGCACAGCACCGAGAGCGCGCGCACGCACCCCACCAUCCGCGUGAACAACUACCGGGGCCCGAGCCGGGUGCGGGUGUCGCUGGUGACCAAGGACCCCCCCCACCGCCCGCACCCCCACGAGCUGGUGGGCAAGGAUUGCCACGACGGCUACUAUGAGGCUGAGCUGCCCCCCGAGCGCAGCGUGCACAGUUUCCAGAACCUGGGAAUUCAGUGUGUGAAGAAACGGGAGCUGGAGGCGGCCGUGGCCGAGCGCAUCCGCACCAACAACAACCCCUUCAAUGUGCCAGCAGAGCAGCGGGGGGGCGAGUACGACCUGAGCUCGGUGCGGCUCUGCUUCCAGGUGUGGGUGCGGGGCGCGGGGGGGGGGUGGCUCCCGCUGCCCCCCCGCCGGUCCCAGCCCGUCUAUGACAACCGCGCCCCCAGCGCGGCCGAGCUGCGGAUCUGCCGCGUGAACCGGAACUGCGGGAGCUGCCGGGGGGGGGACGAGAUCUUCCUCCUGUGCGACAAAGUGCAGAAAGAGGACAUCGAGGUGCGGUUCUGGGCCGAGGGCUGGGAGGCGCGGGGCUCCUUCGCGCAGGCCGAUGUCCACCGCCAGGUCGCCAUCGUGUUCCGGACCCCGGCCUUCCGGGACCCCGGCCUCCGCCAGCCCCACAGCGUGCACAUGGAGCUGCAGCGCCCCUCGGACCGGCAGCGCAGCGCGGCCAUGGAGUUCCGCUACCUGCCCCAUCAGGGGGACCUGCAGUGCAUCGAGGAGAAGCGCAAGCGCACCCGGGACACUUUCCGCUCCUUCGUGCAGCGCAGCCCAAUGCCCGGUCUCGCCCCCCCUGAGCCCCGCCCCCCCCGGCGCUUCGCGGUGCCCUCGCGGCCCUGCCCGGCCCCGCAGCCCCCCCCCUCCAUGGCCCCCCCCCCGUGUUUCGGGGUCCCGGGGGGGGUUUUGGGGGACGCUGCUCCCCCCGCCCCCCCCGCAGCCGAGCCCUUGGCCGAGGCCCUGCUGCAGCUGCAGGUGGCUGAGGAAGGGCCCAUUCCCGACGCGGGGGGGUCCCCAUUGGACCUGGGGGUGCUCUUGGGGGACCCCCAUUUCCCCCCCUUGGAGACCAUCAAUGCCGCCGAGGUGCAACGGCUGCUGGGCCCCCCCGACCCCCCCACUCCGCUCUUUGGGGACCCCCCUUUGCCUCUGGGGGGGGGACGGGGGGAUGGAGGAGGGGGGGGGGUAACUGCUCCUCCCCCACCCCCCAACCCCCCCAUGCUGAUGUCGUACCCGGAAGCCAUCGCUCGCCUCGUGCAGGGGGGGGAUGGGGUUGGGGGGGGUGGGGGGGUCGAGGAUGUAGGGGGGGGGUGCCCUGAUUUGGGGGGGGGAGUGGGGGGGGACCCCGAGGAUUCGUUGCCCUCCCUUGGGGACUUGGACUUCAGUGCCUUGCUCAGCCAUUUCCCCUCCUCCUAACUGGGAGGAA